AUGCCUGGUGGCGAGUCGUUGUUGGACGUGUUGGAGCGGGCUCGUCCGGUAUUCGACGAACUGGUCGCCGACCCAGCGGAGGGAACCGGACUGAUCGUCACGCACAACUUUGUCGUCAAGAUGCUGGUUGUGUAUGCGCUGGCGAUGCCGAAUCAUGCCUGGCGACGGAUCGACACCGGUCUGGCCGGCGUCACGACAUUUCGCAUCGCUGACGGCGUGCCGGCGGUGGAACGAUUAAACGAUCGACAUCACCUCAACGGUCUCUGA